GGCAGAACGGAGAACCAAUCACCGACUGCACAACGGCUUCAAGUCUGACAUAUCUGCAACAGGAACAAAUUGUCCCAACAAUCAACAUCCGCGAUCUGUCGCGCAGCACAAGGGCCCACAGGCGGCGGACCCUGACGCGCCAGGACCGGACACCGAUUGUGAGACAAAAUAGGACCUCAAAAUGUCUAUUCUGCCGUCCUUCGGUUUUACGCAGGAGCAAGUCGCGUGUGUGUGUGAAGUACUGCAACAGGGAGGCAACCUAGAGCGCCUCGGCCGCUUUCUGUGGUCUCUGCCGGCCUGUGACCAUCUCCACAAAAAUGAGUCGGUGCUCAAAGCCAAAGCCGUGGUCGCCUUCCACCGGGGCAACUUCCGUGAGCUUUACAAGAUCCUGGAGAGUCAUCAGUUCUCCCCGCACAAUCACCCCAAACUACAGCAGCUCUGGCUUAAAGCGCACUACGUGGAGGCGGAGAAGCUGCGCGGGCGACCGCUGGGAGCAGUGGGCAAAUACCGCGUGCGUAGGAAAUUCCCGCUGCCUCGGACCAUCUGGGACGGAGAAGAGACAAGCUACUGCUUCAAAGAGAAAUCUCGGGGAGUGCUGAGGGAGUGGUACACGCACAACCCGUACCCGUCUCCCCGAGAGAAGCGCGAGCUUGCCGAAGCUACGGGGCUCACCACCACGCAAGUCAGCAACUGGUUCAAGAACCGGCGACAGCGGGACCGGGCUGCGGAGGCCAAAGAGAGAGAAAACAGCGAGAACAACGGUGCGGGCGGGAACAAGCAGAACCAACUGUCGCCUCUGGACGGAGGCAAGUCGCUCAUGUCCAGCUCGGAGGACGAGUUCUCGCCACCGCAAAGUCCGGAGCCGAAUUCGGCGCUACUUCUGCAGGGAAACAUGUCCCAUCAGACCGCCUCUGCGUAUCCUCUCUCCGGCCUGGGCGCGCCUCCGCCGGUGCACGGCAUGCACGGACACGCGCACCAGCUACAGGACUCUUUGUUGGGACCUCUAACCUCAAGUCUUGUGGAUCUAGGUUCUUAAAGGACGCACGGAGUUGCGAGCAGUGGACUGAGAAGUGUAUCAGAUAUGAGUAUGUAUGAUUCAAUAUUGUAGCUACUUUAACCUAUAGAUGGACUGUCUGUCGUUAAAUUCGGCUAUAAAAACAGAACUUUACGCGCUUGAAAAGGUCAUCCAACACUUUUUUUCAACGAAACACUUGGGGUAUAGCACCCCUUUGCUUAUUUAUGAUUUUUUG